AUGCCCGGACUUGCCCGCAAGGUCGUCAUUUGCACGGCCACCGACGGCCUGGUCAUCCAACCUCGCUCUGCAAAGGGACAGAGGCCGUUUCAGACCCUGUGCAUAAAGUAUGGUAGUGACGUCGUGUCCUUGGCUUCGCCUGGCCAGACACCCGAAUACUACUCGGAUGACGACGACUCGUCGUUUGAGGCCUUUGGCAUUAUAGGGCUCAUAACUGUCUCCAAGCUUAGUUACUUGGUCAGUAUCACGCGGCGACAGCAGGUUGCGCAGGUGGAUGGGUCGCCUAUUUAUGUUGUCACAGAUGUGGCCUUGACACCAUGUGCGUCAAAGGCUGAGGCACAGGAAUCCAUUCGCAAAACACAGCAGUCAUUGUCUGGACCUGUAGCCUCAGACGAUGGGGUGGGCGAUGAUGAUGACAGUAGCGAUGAUGACGACGGCGUGGAUCCACGGAGCAGCGAUGCCGAUGAUGACGUCGAUGAUGCCGUCGUUCUCACCUUCGACGAUGGCCUCAAGAACGAACCUCGCUCGCCUGAGAUGCGCGUGGCUCAAGAUGUUUUCAAUAGGAGAGGAAGCUACGGUGGGUUCGCGCAGAGCUGGUUUAGUCGCAAUGGCUGGACUGUGGGCAAGAAGCCGCCUCUGGGUAUUAGCAACUCACCCACCAUGUCUCCCACCCCGUCGCCUAUCAAGACACCAGAGAUGAGCACACUGCCACCUUCUGAGAGCCUGGCACCCGCAGCCUCACCGGAGGAAGUCACCAACCUGAUCCCAAAACUCCUCCAGAUGGUCCAGGUGUACUUUGGCUCAUCAAGAAGCUUCUACUUCGCGUACGACUUCGACUUAACACGCAGCCUGGCGAGGAGGACUGAAUUCCCCCUGAACCCUGAGAUUCCUCUUUAUUCCCAGGUCGACGACGUCUUCUUCUGGAACCGAAACCUCAUGCUGCCCUUCUUGAACGCGGGCCACGAGUCCGUAUCCCUCCCACUUCUGCAGGGCUUCGUGGGACAACGCUCCUUCAUUGUAGACAGCAACCCCCCGCAGGUUGACGACUUGGGAGUAGAGUCGGUGGAGCUAAGUAAUCUACAAUCGCCCGCUCCCGUUGGUAGCACCAGCCCUGAAGCCGAUGACGACGGUGACGUUAGGCGCCGGGACUCGGAGAAGAGCUAUACCAUCACCCUCAUCUCUCGCCGGUCCACCCAGAGGGCUGGUCUGCGCUACCUCCGCCGCGGCGUGAACCAAGACGGCUCAGUAGCCAACAUGGUCGAGACGGAGCAGCUCCUGUCCCCCACGGAAAGCCAAGUCAGCUCCCCCCAGACGCGAUCCUACCUCCAGGUCAGGGGUAGCAUACCGCUCUUCUUUUCCCAGACGCCGUACUCCCUCAAGCCGGUGCCGGUUCUGCAGCACUCCGAGGAGACCAACCGACAAGCAUGCCGGAAGCACUUCGACAGGUUACGGAGGACGUAUGGGGAGAUCCAAAUCGUCAAUCUGGUUGAGAAGCAUGGCGUCGAGGCCGCCAUUGGCACGCGGUACGAGCACACGGUCGACUACCUAAACCGGCUGACGAGCGAGCAAAGCGAGGUUGGACCGUCGCAACAAUCCCCCGGACCCCUGUCAUUCGAGUGGUUUGACUUCCACCGCGCCUGUCGCGGAAUGAAGUUUGAGAAUGUCAACCUCCUUCUGUCCCGUCUGAGAGAUCAGAUCGAGCAUCUGGGAAGCGCGAGGGUACGGGACGGGAAAGUGGUGGAGAGGCAGAAGGGCAUCAUCCGCACAAACUGCAUGGACUGCCUGGACCGUACGAAUGUCUGCCAGAGCUCCUUUGCCCGCCAUAUGCUCGACUUGCAGCUCAAGGAAGACGGGUUCGACAUGAGUGCCCAGGUGGACCAGCAAAGUAUCUGGUUCAAUACGCUAUGGGCGGACAAUGGCGACGCUAUAUCCAAGCAGUAUGCAUCCACGGCAGCCAUGAAGGGCGACUACACCAGGACCAAGAAACGAGACUACCGGGGUGCAUUGAACGACCUCGGUCUGUCCCUUGCACGAUUCUACAGCGGAAUGGUAAAUGACUACUUCAGCCAAACAGCCAUAGAUUUCCUGCUGGGGAACGUCAACGACAAGGUAUUCGAAGAAUUCGAGGCCGACAUGAAGAACAAAGACCCGGCCAUCUCCAUGACCAAGAUGCGCGAGCAGGCCGUUGAACUGUGCCAGAAGCGCGUCGUGGCCGAUGAGGAUGAAGAAUUCCACGGAGGGUGGGCCCUGCUCACACCCAACGUGUCCAACACCAUCAAGACUCUCCCCAUGGAGGAAGUGGUGCUCCUCCUGACGGACGCAGCGGUGUACCUCUGCCGAUUCGACUGGAAUAUGGACAAAGUGUCAUCCUUCGAGAGGGUCAACCUGGCCAACAUUACGGGUAUAAGGGUGGGAACAUACAUAACGUCGACCAUUUCGACUUCGCAGGCCGACCCAUCCAAGAAUGUCGGGUUCGUCGUGACGUACCAGCCCGGCAAGAGCGACAUCACGAGGACCAACACGCGCACACUUUCGAGCCGGGAUGACCUGGCACCCGAGCCCGGCGACGGGGCGCGCCCAAUGAGCCUGAUUGAUGGUCUUUUCGGGGGCGUUAAUAAAGAGCCCCCCUUGUGCAGGCUCGCGUUCAAGGUGCCAUAUGUAGACUCGUCUACCGUGGCCAUCGGCGGCGCAUCGCAGCAGCAGACGGAGGAGCAGCAGGCAUCCAAUAUAUGCGCUGAGAUGGAGCGCCUGGUUCUCGAGUGUCGGGUGUCCAGGCGCGACGAGAAGGAGAGCAGCAUCAUAGAGAGGAGUGACAUUAUCUCUCUGGAGGAAGCAAGGCGGAAUACAGGGUUGCUGGAGCAGCUGGGGCAUUCUAUAAAGAAGCUAGUAUGGGCAUGA